AUUACACCGCAGGGAGACUUCUGAGUUUCUUUUUGAUGCAGUAAUAUAUUAACGGAGAGAAGCGGCGGCGGGUCACAGGUCGAUGUCAAAGAAGACGCAGUGGAAGAGAUCAGCAGCACCGGGUCAGAGAGCCAAUGGCGCCCAAAGGUAAAGUUGGCACAAAGGGAAAGAAGCAGAUCUAUGAGGAGAACGAGGCGACGCUGAAGUUCUACACAAGAGUCAUCCUAGGAGCUAAUGCAAUAUAUGCCGCCGUAAAUCUUUUGGUUUUCUACAGUUCGUCUACAUUUUGGACAUGGCUGCUGCUUGUGUUUGCACUAGCAGUGUAUGUCGGGAGUUACCGCUCCAUGUCUGCCAUGGCCAAGCCAGCGUUUGCUGAGGAUGGAAGUCUGCUGGAUGGAGGAAUAGACUUAAACAUGGAGCAGGGAAUGGCAGAGCACCUGAAGGAUGUCAUCCUGCUCACAGCCAUAGUACAAGUGCUCAGCACAAUCUCCUCUUAUUUCUGGUAUCUCUGGCUGCUGGCCCCGGCCCGAGCCCUGCACCUGCUGUGGGUGAACUUUCUGGGCCCCUGGUUUAUGGCAGAAAACCCGUCGGCACCAGAGGAAGUGAAUGAGAAAAAGCAAAGAAGACAAGAACGCAGACAGAUGAAGAGAUUCUGAUGCUGUAGAGCAGACGGAGCAGUAUUUUUAUACACAGAAUCUAAUAUACAGAUAGGAAGGAAGUCAUAAGUUAUUUAGGAAGAAAUUUUGUUAUUAAAUUAAAGUCAAUCCAAAUCUGAUACUGUGGAAUCUUGUUUCCCAUGUUUGUAUUCUUUCUGCUUUCUCCUGUAAUCCAAUUUUCUCCCUAAAUUGUGAAAUGAAAUCUUCCCUAUUUAGAUAAUGUCAUGGUCCAAAUAUCAGUCGUCCUCAUGCAGAGUUUUAAGAGUUUCUGUUGCACAAUACCACCACACUGCCCCCUGCACAUUUCCAUAAAAUAUUCCCCUAACAACCCUGCGAUACAGUGAUGACAUGCGUCAACUAUAGACAGCUGAAUUUAUUCUGUCAGUGCCGCUUUUGUCAUGGCAUGUCUUUUAUUUCUAUUUAAUUUAAUUUUUAAAAAAUGUCUCUAAUGUAACAGAAUUCAUCGGUGAGCCUUCAUUACAGAGCCGAGAUAUUUUGUUUGUGACCUAUUAAGUCUUAUAAAAUCUGGAUGGAAAUCAAGUUUUAAUAGGAACAUUUAAACUUUUUUUUACAAUAAAAAUCUUUCUCCAGUGUGUGGAGUUGAUCAGCAUAUCUGUUUCAAGAAGUUUUGUUUUACAGUUGUCAGAAAGGCUCAGUGUCUGUUUUGUUAAUGUUGUGCCUUCGGUCAUGACUUAAAGUACUGAGCAAUUAUUUUCAAUUUUCUUAGGAGGCUAAAAUUUGCUUUUGGAGCCCUAGUGAAAUCAUUUGAGUAUAAGAAAAAAAUGUCUUUUUUUAAAUGGCUGGGUCCACCUGAAAGGUUCUCUAAUGUACUGUAAGGGGCUGUAAUGUAAUUCUCAUAGAGAAAUGUGAAAUUUUAGCCUCCUCAAUCAAAAGUAGGAAUGUUUGGCCAAAGUUAAAGUCAAGUAUACCGUAAAGGCCAUGACAGUUCACAUUGGAGGUAUCCAUAUUUUCCUCUUAAGACCAACUGGAACAUUAUAAUUAUCUUGGAAAGAUACUGAGUUCAUUUCUGCUCAGUCUGUCGUUCUGAAUAAUUUUUUUGCUUUCUAAAACUUUGGCAAUUAUUUUUACCAUAUUAUUUUUUGUCAUUCCAUUUUUUUUAUAUAUCCUUAUUGAGUGUAACUAAUCAUAAGAAAACUUCUGUCUUUUUGGUUUGGCAAUAUUCUAACAGUCCGCUUGUCCAAAUAGAAAUUAAUACUUUUUCAACAGAGAUUUGAGUUGGUUUGUGCAUUGAUUGGGGGGAAUAAAAGAACCUUCCUGA